UUCCCCAGGCGCUUGCGCAUGCCUGCGGGGGCGGAAGACGCGGGCUGCGACAUGGGAGACCCGGAGCCGGAAUCGGAGCAGAUUCGCCUGAAGUGCAUACGGCGGGACGGUUUCUUCACGGUGCCUCCGGAAGAUAGGCUGGGACAGUGUCGGAGUGUGAAGGAGUUUGAAAAACUGAAUCGGAUCGGGGAAGGCACCUAUGGUAUUGUGUAUCGGGCCCGAGAUACCCAGACAGAUGAGAUUGUGGCCCUGAAGAAGGUUCGGAUGGACAAGGAGAAGGAUGGGAUCCCUAUCAGCAGCCUCCGGGAGAUCACGCUGCUCCUUCGGCUUCGUCACCCCAACAUCGUGGAGCUGAAGGAGGUGGUUGUGGGGAACCACCUGGAGAGCAUCUUCCUAGUGAUGGGAUACUGUGAGCAGGACCUGGCCAGCCUCCUGGAGAACAUGCAGACACCCUUUUCAGAGGCUCAGGUGAAGUGCAUCAUUUUGCAAGUCCUCAAGGGCCUUCAGUACCUUCACAAGAACUUCAUUAUCCACAGGGAUUUAAAGGUUUCCAAUUUGCUUAUGACUGACAAGGGCUGUGUUAAGACAGCUGACUUUGGCCUGGCCCGGGCUUACGGCGUUCCCAUGAAGCCCAUGACCCCCAAGGUGGUUACGCUGUGGUACCGAGCUCCUGAACUCCUCUUGGGAACAGCAACCCAGACCACCAGCAUUGACAUGUGGGCCGUGGGCUGCAUCUUGGCUGAGUUGUUGGCUCACAAGCCCCUCCUCCCGGGUAGCUCUGAGAUCCACCAGAUCGACCUGAUCGUGCAGCUGCUGGGGACACCCAAUGAGAACAUCUGGCCGGGCUUUUCUAAGCUGCCCCUGGUCAGCCAGUACAGCCUGAGGAAACAGCCCUACAACAACCUCAAACACAAGUUUCCGUGGCUUUCUGAGGCAGGCUUGCGUCUGCUCAACUUCCUCUUCAUGUACGACCCCAAGAAAAGGGCCACGGCCGGGGACUGCUUGGAAAGCUCCUACUUCAAAGAAAAGCCGCUUCCCUGUGAGCCAGAGCUUAUGCCCACCUUCCCUCAUCAUCGGAACAAGCGGGCUGCCACGAGCGCCGCCACCAACACAGGAGCCGAGAGCCAGAGCAAGCGCAGCAAGCCCUGAGGCGGCGGACCAGGGAGACGGAGGCUGCGCAGUUGGGCAAAGACUGAUUUGUAAGUAGUCUGCUGAAAGGGGCCAGCUGCCAUCCCACUGAGAAAGCUGCUCAGGUACCUCCGUGGGUGCCUCCCGGACUUCCCCUGGCCUUCUGCCCGGCGCUCCACCUGCAGGAUUACGGGGCUGGAGAGGAGAGAGAGUUUCCCCACCUGGAAGACAGACACAAGGUUUGGGGAGGGAGAGGAAGGACGGCUGGAGAGUUCCAUGUUCCAGGCUCUGUCUUGCUCUGACCUGCUUCCUUCUUCCCUGGAGAUAGGGUCCAGUAGGGUUCCGUCCUUUGCAGCAUGGACUUCCCCCCCCCCCCCCAACCUGAUCCAGCUGCCUGAUGGGUCAGAGAAAAAGCCAUAAGGCAUAAGGAUGGGGCAGGUUGGAUCAGGCCUGAUGCUGAGCGCACUUUAAGGGAAGGGAUGGUGCCGGAGGUCCCGAUGUUCACAAAGAGCUUAAGGCAACAGGGACAGGUUGUCUCUUUGUGUGAAUACUUUCCUCCAGAACCCCCCGGGGAGAAGCUUGCCAGCCUUUCACCAGUGUGCCCCGGGGACUGAUGGUGGCCAGAGACAGCCUCCCGUCCUAGAGGAGCCAAAUUAUACCCUCCGGAUGAGGGCACUGGGCAGACCGGGUUGUUCAAAUGCUGCUUUUGAAAAAUGUUUUAAAAAUUUAUCUUUGAAUGCUACUCUGGCAUUUGGCUUUGUGAAAUGGAUUGUUUUGGAGAAUAGCAGGGAAAGAGGGAGUCAAGGGGAAUGGGCAGGAAACACCAGGGUGGGAGGGAAGAGAAAGGGGAAAAAACUGCCAUUUGGUUUUUGCCUUUCAGUGAAGGCACCUAACGUUCCUGCCCAGAAUCUAAACUGGGGUGUCCGGGGAGAGGGGAGGGCCAGAGACCAUCCUGGGAUACCCUCAUGGCACUUGCCUCACAAGGCAGGGCCUGGUGGGAAAUCCCCCACUCCAAGCAGCACUUCCCUAGCCAGCCCCCUCCCUUUAAAGGAUCCUGCCGGAGACAGGAAUGGAGCCUCCCUUCCUCCCACUUUCUCCCUUUAGGGUCAUGGGAUUUUAGGGUUGGAACAAACUUCUCAGCAAUGUAUGUGGUGCCUAUUUUGUGCUGGGCCCCAUGACCUCAGCCCUCAUUUUGAGGAGACCAAAGACUGGGGCCCUGGUGACCAGCCAGGGUAGCUGCAGAGCUGGGCCCCAGCUUUCAGGCAUCGUGCUUCCCUUUUCAUGGCUUUGGUUUCUUCCCAUCCUCGUGCCUCCUGAUUUAAAAGGGGAAGUCUUGUGGGUGGUGAGCCAGGCUCCUCGAUCUGACCUCCCCCUCUGUCCGCCUUCAGCUCCUGCUGCUCCUUGAGGAGCUCAGGCCUGCUUUGCCAAGGUCAUCCAGGGAGGAGGGAGUGGGCUGUUCCAUCCCCUAUCCAGGCCCAGUGACUGGCCUUGGAUCCAUUCUGGAGGUCAUCCCUCCUUCCUGGGGAGCGAGGUAAGGCCCGCCCUUGGUGCGCUUAAGGCCCCACAGUAAGUGCUCUGGCCGAGGACUCGCCUCUGGACAGACAGAAUUCUCCCUUGGGUCACUGGGGCUCUUCUGUGCUCUCCAGUAUUAUUCCCACUGCCCAAGUGCAGAGAGAAGCAUGAGGGGCUUCACCUCCCAAGCCAUUUCCCCGCAGAGAGAGGAAAAAUAAGGGUUCUUGGCUCUCCCUCCCUCCUCUGACCCAGGAUCCAGCAGUUCCCAGCCUCUUUUCAGAAAAGGCUAUUGAUAGUAAGUGAAGGCAUUCACUCAAGUAUUUUAAAAAGCACCUUUGUGAGGAUGGAGCACCCAGCCCCCAAACCUGCUCCUUCACAGAUGACUUUCCUUGGUGUAGUGGGAGGCUGGCCUUAACCGUGGAGGUGUUUUUGCAAAUACAUUUCUCCAUGGCCACUUGGGAAGAGACAGUUUCUAAAUUUGGAUCUUUUCUCAGCAACCAGCCUUGUAAACUUUCUUGGUAACGUCCCCUUUUUGCUGACUCUUGCCUGUAAAAUUCACCAUUUUCUUACCUCCCACACCCUGCUUUUAAUGCAAAUUUAUCAAUAAAACAGGAUUUUUUUUUUUUAAA